UCCAAGUCCUCCCCAGCUCUGUCACAGUCUCCUUUGUGACAUCACAAAGCCGGCAUGACAUCAGUCUUGGCACAGUCACGCUGGCAGCCUCCCGCAGCUCAGAUACGCAGGGCAGCCGCUCUGUACUGGUGGUUACCUCUGGAGCUCCGCUCAAGGUAGCAGCCACUUUGUGUGUUGGAUUGUUCCUUGGGAGAGAACAGGAUGAAACUCAUCCUGACUCCCACCCUGACUGUGGCUCUGGCCAUAGUUUCAUUUAUCAGGGAUGGCUUUAGCCGUUCCAGCUCUCUUGGCUGUGCCUGCGACAUGGCCAAAAAGCUGGUCCUUCCUGAGGAGCAGCUGACCGUUGACACCCAGUGCCAGGCCUCCAGCUGGCCCUGUUGGCUUGGCCUUUGGCCCUGCCACGGAUGGGGCAGCUUCAUGUUCGGAAGAGCGAUCUUUACAGAGGACCAGAAGCAGCAGCCCCUGGGCACGGAGCAGAAGGCCUUUGAGGGGCCCUUCUGGUCGGGACUGUCAACGUACCCAAUGAGGAUCUGGGAAAGGGUCAAGAAGAUGGUCCUUCCUGAGGAGCAGCUGCCAGUCGUCUCCGAGCACCAGCACUCCAGCUGCCCCUGUAGGCUUGGUCUGUUCCCCUGCCUCACAUGGAUCCGCUCCAGGGUCAGCAAGGCUGGCGUAACGCAGGGCCCAGAGCAGCAGACCUUGUACACCAAGCUGAAGGCCCUCAGCUUGCCCUACCCUCUGGGCCUCCUUUGGGACUACCUGGCCCAAGCAGGGAAAACCUGGCUCGUCCCUCACUUCCUGACAGAUGUCUGCAUUCUCUGCCUGCUGAGCAUUGCCCGCAGCCUCUGGAGAAAAGUAAGAAGACCUCGGGAACAGGGAACGGGACAAAUGGACUCAGCUUCCACGGGAACAGACAUCUCGCAAGGGGAAGCCAUGCAUUAUUACGACGAGCUCUGUGAGAUGAAGUCCCUGCUUCUCUUAAUGGACAGAUACGUGAUGAUCCUCCAGAAGAAGAGCAACUGCCAGUGCCAAAGGAAGAAGGAGCAAUGAGCAAGGAAGCUGAGAUGCUCCUCAUCCACUUCCAGCUCCAGUUUGCCACUUCACACAGCGCACCAGCUGCUUCCAUAAGGCACAACCUGGAAAACUUCAAAAACUUCAAAACUUUAAGAUCAACGAUGUGAUGAACAAAUGAUUGGAAUAUGUCUGUUACUUGCCAUCUUAUGUCAUUCAUACAGAUGUAUAAAUAAAGUGAGAUUGCAUAAAAUUUCU